AUGACUCUUCCGCAAGCACAGCUAGACUUUUUCACGACGGCGACCAGUAUGCUGGAAUGGCAUUACAAUCUGGAGAGAAAUAAGCCGGGUCUGCUGGAACUGACCGGCGUUAGCCAGCAUGGGCGGGCCACGAUGAGCGGACUCAAUGACUACGAUUACCAGACACUGUCGUUUUUGAAAUCGGAUGGAACACAUAACCUACAACAAAUGCGAACGGUGACCAAGUCGGCUAUUCCCAACGAGAUUCUGGAGCACUUUAAACACAUAAAAUGCCACUGCACCAUGGGCCUCUUUCCGGAAAUCGGACGUGCCUGGCUGACUAUCGAUUCAGAAAUCUACAUCUGGACGUUCAAUCAGACGAGAGAUGUGGCGUACUACGACGGCCUGAGCCAUCUGAUCGUAAGCGUUGGCCUGGUGAAACCAAAACCCGGCGUCUUUGUGCAGGACGUCAAGUACCUUCUGCUCCUCACUACGCCCAUUGAGGUCAUUGUCCUGGGCGUGACAUUUGGUGAGGGCGCGUACAACGAAAUGCAGCUGAUGAACCGGCCAGUCUUUGUGAUUGCCACCGACAACGUGUCCAUCAGCGUCAUCAAAGGAACGGACGACGGCCGCAUCUUUUUGGGCGGUCGCGAUGGCUGCCUGUAUGAAGUUUACUACCAGGCAGAGUCCAGUUGGUUUGGCAAGCGAUGCAAAAAGAUAAAUCUCUCCCAAGGACUGGUCUCCUAUAUGGUUCCCAGUUUUCUGAAGGUCUUUUCGGAAGUAGAUCCAAUCGAACACAUUGAGAUCGAUAACAGUCGCAAGCUUCUCUAUGUCCUUACGGAAAAAGGUGCCAUUGAGGCUUGGGACAUCAGUACGAGUUACACGACAGCUCGAAGACUCGGUCGGAUCACCCAGAACGAUAUUACGAAUCAAGCAGUUAGUCUGAUCACGACUGUGGACCCGUCCAUUUUUAAAUGUGUGAAAGCCAUCUGCCCUCUGACCGCCGACGAUGCCGGCAAACUACAUCUUGUGGCCGUUACUCAGUGUGGUGUGCGGCUCUUUUUCUCCACAACGUCGCUAAAUGUGAAGCAACAAUUUGGUCCCGCGGUUCCUUGCAGUCCAGGUGAGAAGACUGGAUUUGGUCAGCCAUCAGUUCAGCCACCACUGUCGCCAAAUGCCGAGGCUCCCAAUGGACUUUUUCUGCUCCACGUGCGUCUACCGCCCGGCUACACCCCAAAUGCCACCACCAACAAGCCAAAGCAGGUGCAUGCCGCUCACUACACGGAGGGAACCAUGUUGAUGAUCACAACACAACAGCAUGAGCAGGAUCUGCUCUGGUCGCUCAGCUCUGCCCCAUCGGUUAACUUUACCUACCUGGUGGAGUCGACGGCUCUGGAGAGCCUGGAUGGAGUUGUCUGGGGAUUGGCUGAGGUGUAUGAACCGUCGUCGCCACUGCGGAAGUCACCCCUAAACAGUGCCCGACACUCCCGCAAAGUAGCCCUGCUCACCAACCAAGGCACACAUAUCAUAGAGGUGCUUAAAAUGGUGGACGUACUGCGCCAGAUCCUUAUGUUGUGCAAUGGCCCACAUCACGAGGAAGUGAAGAUGUUCUUCCAGUCGCAGAAUCAGCGAGAGGCAUGUGUCACGGCUCUGCUGCUGGCCACAUCGGAUACUUAUCGUGGCAGUAAUAUUGCUUUGUGGGCCGCUCAGGCGUUUAUGCUGUACGGUGGAGAGCCAUGCUAUCAGCAUCAAAAGUUCCUCAACGCCAGCAACCGCAAUAUGGCUAAUCAAACACUGGGUCCGAAUACGACAAAUGUUAGGGAGCGUCAACCUAUGUUUAUGUCCACGCCAAUGCCAAAUAGCGUGGCAAAUAGUCCAGUUGGUUUUCCUGGAUCGCAGUUCAAUCAGCCCAUAAGUCCAAUUGGAAAUAUGCAGCCACCACAGGCGGCGGUUAGUAACGAGAACUCACCAAUCGUUUUCUCGGCCAAGCACGACGGACUUUACAUGUAUGUCUCCCGCAUGCUGCAUUCUGUCUGGCAAAUGCGCUGUGUAAAUGAGCAGUUUUGCUCCAAUCUAAGUCAGAGUGAUUGUGCCCUCUUGCUAUCCGAUCUGCGUUCCCUGCGCAGCUUUCUGGAGGUGCAUUCUGUGCACGACAUUUCCUCGACUACUACUCGAGUGUCAUUUGAUAACCAUUUGGAUAGAACCAAUUCAUAUAACACCAUCAUGAUGGGCAACACUUUACUGCCAAUUCCUGAGCAACAGGUAUCGUCCGAGCAGGCUCAAGUAGAGGAAACACGUUCGCUUUCCGCUCUCAACCUAUUUGUCAAACAUGCCUGUGAGGUUAUAUCCCUGUGGAACAUUCUAAACUCGCAUUCCUUCCAACUGAUAUGCGUGCAACUCAGUCCGGAGCAUCAGAAGUUGUUGACAUGCUCCACCUUCCGGGAUCUUCUGAUUACACGUUCCGAGGUUUGCGCAUUCUUGAUCAUCUCGCUGAUCAAUCUGUAUCUGAAGGACGCGGCGGGGGUAUCCGAUGUGUCCAAGAACUUACGUGAGAACUGCCCCAACCUAUACAGGCAUGAGGAUGACGUGACCUACAAGGCCACCGAGUUGUUGAUGAAUGCAAAGAAUUGCACUUCGGCCAGCGAAAAGGAACAUUUGCUGCGAACCACCCUGCAUAUGUGCAAGGAAGCUGCUCCCACAUUGCCACUGCAUAGUAUUUGCCAGCAAUUCAUAUCGGCUGACUUCUUUGAGGGAGUGAUCGAGCUUUCGGCUGUUUGUGCCUCAAAAAGUGAUCCAGAGGAGGUUGGUGUUCAUUACUAUAAAAAUGGGGAACCCGCCGAAGAUCGCGAGGGUUACACAUGCUUUGCUACAAGGAUGGCCUACUACAAGGAAGUGCAACUUAUGCUGGACCAUAUCUACCAGAGAGUAUGCAACAAGUCGCACGUUCAGGAUAAAUCGAUAAAUCUACCUAAUGGUACGGCUAAAGCAUCCGAUGCGAAAAGCGGUGCUACUCAAAGGAUUCCAAAAAUAGUGGCCCAGACCCUGAAGGUGAAAGACCCGCUCAUUCAUAUAACACUCUACGAAUGGCUGCUGGCCCACGACAUGCCCAAAGAGCUUUUAGACGUGGUCGAGCCGUCGUUAGGAGAGUUCUUGCGGCGCAGUGUGUCGCAAAACGUGGAUAAUGUCGUUCUUAUCGAUUUGCUGUGGAAGUACUACGAAAAGAAUGGCCAUCAUUCCCAGGCAGCCCAUAUAUUGGACAAUUUGGCUAUGACACGCAGUGAAAACAUAAAUCUGGAGCAGCGCAUUGAGUACUUGGUGCGUGCUGUUAUGUGUAUGCGAAAUGGUAACGUUGGCUCUUCACUAAACAAUGGAAUAUUCCUGAAAGAGCUGGAGGAUAAGCUGGACAUCGCACGAGUUCAAAAAACAGUGCUUGCCGCAAUGACAGAGUUGGCUAGCGAUCAGCUGAACGCCGCUACGGCUGUUAAGGAACUAAACUAUGCGUUGUAUGAUAUAACUCAGCUUUACCAGCACUUUGCGGAGCCCUACGACCUCUGGGAGUGCCAAUUGUCCAUACUCAACUGCUCGCAUCACAACGACCCCCUACUGAUCGAGUCCGUUUGGGGCAACAUUAUCAACAGCGUUGUGGAUAAGCCGGGCACAACUAGUGAGCGCAGCAGUAGGUUAUUCACGAAAAUCGAAAUCUUGGUAAGGGAGUACGGCGAGUCUGGAGUUUGCUUUCCGUUCGCCUUUCUCAUACGGGAACUGGAAGUUAAAGCCUGCCAACUGCGAUUGCCCGCGGGUAUAGUGCCAGAAAAACUGGUGAGCAUGAAUCUGGACAUUGAACUGCUCCUGGAGUACUAUUCGAGAAUGAUUUCAAUGAACGAACGAGUGUGGGCCAACGAAGGUAAUGAGUGGCAUUUAAUACAAUCCGUCAUACGAGUGGUCUCGCUUCUGGCAGACAACUCACAAUCUAUUUGGUACCGUUCAAAACGACGAAUUGUUGGCAAGGCUCAAGACAUAGUGGCCGCCUGCCUGAAUAUUUGCUAUCAAAAGCCCGACACUAAUCGUCUUCAACAUUCACUCAAGGAACUUCAGAGUCGGCUGCAGCGGUUGUUGAUGUGAAGCCGGCGCCCUGCGUAAAGUUAUUUUAAUUACAUUUUUGAAAGUGCUGGACUAGACGUUAAGUUUGACUGAGAUAUAUAUUGUAUUUGUAUUAAACAUGUUAAAUAAAUUGAUUUCCCCACAGA